CCCCUCUACGGAGGUUUCUCUUGCGCCUGGGAAUCUCUGCCUACAGUCACACCUCCAUCUCUCAUCUUUCCGCUCUUAGCUGGGCGUGCUCCACCUAAUCACUUUUCUUAAGGUGGAUCGUCGAAGCAUGACUUCUCCCCCCAAAAUCACAUCCCUAGACAGCCUCCUAUUUUACCACUAACUUUACUACUGCAGUUAUUCAGCGGUAGGAAACUGAAACCAAAAGCCAGUCGAUGCAAAUAAACAUCUAAACUGUUUCAAGAGCCGCGCAGAAAGAACGCGGCGGCGUGCCCCGGAAGCGGAAGCGCAUCCUCCUCUAGAAAGGCUGGACUACGCGGAGUGGUGACGUUUCCUCAUUGGGCGGAAGGUUCGGUGGCACUCGUCGGUUUUCCAGCUGGUGGGAGUUGGCGACGCGGUGCUGGGCGUUGGGACCCUACUUUUAGUUUGGGAAGUUGGGUUGUGGGGUCAUACCUGUCUGUCUGCUCCCAGUUUUCUUGGGUUUUUUUCCCCACGGCGUGGGGCCUCGCUAAGGAAUUCCCGGCCCCUUAGGGCCACGGCGUUAGCGGUGUCUUUUGCGAGUUCUUCGUAAGUACAUCUUAAAGCUGUCAAGAUGGUUCUAGCAGACCUUGGAAGAAAAAUAACAUCAGCAUUACGCUCGUUGAGUAAUGCCACCAUUAUCAAUGAAGAGGUAUUGAAUGCUAUGCUAAAAGAAGUCUGUACCGCUUUGUUGGAAGCAGAUGUUAAUAUUAAACUAGUGAAGCAACUGAGAGAAAAUGUUAAGUCUGCUAUUGAUCUUGAAGAGAUGGCAUCUGGUCUUAACAAAAGAAAAAUGAUUCAGCAUGCUGUAUUUAAAGAACUUGUGAAGCUUGUAGACCCUGGAGUUAAGGCAUGGACACCCACUAAAGGAAAACAAAAUGUGAUUAUGUUUGUUGGAUUGCAAGGGAGUGGUAAAACAACAACAUGUUCAAAGUUAGCGUAUUAUUACCAGAGGAAAGGUUGGAAGACCUGUUUAAUAUGUGCAGACACAUUCAGAGCAGGGGCUUUUGACCAACUAAAACAGAAUGCUACCAAAGCAAGAAUUCCAUUUUAUGGAAGCUAUACAGAAAUGGAUCCUGUUAUCAUUGCUUCUGAAGGAGUAGAGAAAUUUAAAAAUGAAAAUUUUGAAAUUAUUAUUGUUGAUACAAGUGGCCGCCAUAAACAAGAAGACUCUUUAUUUGAAGAAAUGCUUCAAGUUGCUAAUGCUAUACAACCUGAUAACAUUGUUUAUGUGAUGGAUGCCUCCAUUGGGCAGGCUUGUGAAGCCCAGGCUAAGGCUUUUAAAGAUAAAGUAGAUGUAGCCUCAGUAAUAGUGACAAAACUUGAUGGCCAUGCAAAAGGAGGUGGUGCGCUCAGUGCAGUCGCUGCCACAAAAAGUCCGAUUAUUUUCAUUGGUACAGGGGAACAUAUAGAUGACUUUGAACCUUUCAAAACACAACCUUUUAUUAGCAAACUUCUUGGUAUGGGCGACAUUGAAGGACUGAUAGAUAAAGUCAACGAGUUGAAGUUGGAUGACAAUGAAGCACUUAUAGAGAAGUUGAAACAUGGUCAGUUUACGUUGCGAGACAUGUAUGAGCAAUUUCAAAAUAUCAUGAAAAUGGGCCCCUUCAGUCAGAUCUUGGGGAUGAUCCCUGGUUUUGGAACAGAUUUUAUGAGCAAAGGAAAUGAACAGGAGUCAAUGGCAAGGCUAAAGAAAUUAAUGACAAUAAUGGAUAGUAUGAAUGAUCAAGAACUAGACAGUACGGAUGGUGCCAAAGUUUUUAGUAAACAACCCGGAAGAAUCCAAAGAGUAGCAAGAGGAUCAGGUGUAUCAACAAGAGAUGUUCAAGAACUUUUGACACAAUAUACCAAGUUUGCACAGAUGGUGAAAAAGAUGGGAGGUAUCAAAGGACUUUUCAAAGGUGGUGACAUGUCUAAGAAUGUGAGCCAGUCACAGAUGGCAAAAUUGAACCAACAAAUGGCCAAAAUGAUGGAUCCUAGAGUUCUUCAUCACAUGGGUGGUAUGGCAGGACUUCAGUCAAUGAUGAGGCAGUUUCAACAGGGUGCUGCUGGCAACAUGAAAGGCAUGAUGGGAUUCAAUAAUAUGUAAAGAAAAUGCCUUAAUAUAAACUGACUCAGUUGAGUACCUAAUUUGCUGAGACCUCAGAGUUUCCCUUCUUUUUGCAAAUUGGGGGGAAAGUGUAUUUUUCUUGCUUAUCAUGCACUCUUUUUCUUUUUCUUCUCGCCCCCUUUACCCCUCCUUUUCUUCUUCCUUCUUUCUUUCCUCCCUUUAAUGUAAGGGGGAAAUACAUGGUUUUUGUGGAAAUCAUUGUAUGUUUGCUUUAGAUUUUCUUCUGUUUUCACCAUCAUAACACUUAAGUUAAAUCAUGAUGUAAAAUUUUAGUACUUAAAGGUUUUUAAUCGUCUCGAAGGCCAAGCAUCACAUUUGUAAACAGUCCUGGUCAGUAGUUAAAUAACGUUUCAAUUAAAGUGCUAUAAAAUAAACUUCAAAGUGGUUAUAAG